AUGGCGACCCCGCCUGAAAGCGCACCGGCCGAUGUGCCUGCACAGACCCCGGCAGGGACCCAAGUCGAUGUCUCUGCGACGACCGCCGACACGACGACGUCGACUUCGACUUCGACACCAUCAACCCCCGACGAUGCCGCCGCCAGCAAACCCAUCCACACUCUCGUCCUCGAUGCCGGCCCCCUCAUCAAGAACGACCCGUCCGUCAGCACCCUGCUCGCCCAGGCCGACUGCCUCGUGACGAUCCCCUCCGUCCUCGACGAAAUCCGCGACCCGGCGACGCGCGACCGCGUCACCACGACCCUGCUUCCGUUCCUGAAGCUGCGCACGCCCAAGCCGGCGAGCGUCAAGUUUGUGAGCGAGUUUGCGCGCAAGACGGGCGAUCUGGAGGUGCUGAGCCGGCCCGAUCUGCAGCUGCUGGCGCUGACGUACGAGGUGGAGUGCGAGCGCAACGGGGGCGACUGGCGGCUGCGGUCGACGCCGACGCAAAAGGGCGUGAACGGAAAGUCGCCGGCGGCGGUGGCAGCGGCGGCGGAGACCGAGGCCGAGGCCGAGACAGGGGCUGCCGCGACGACAGAGGAGAAGACGACGACCGAGACCGAGGCGCAGACGCCGGAGACGAAUCUCCACGACAAGGUGGCGGAGCUAUCAAUAGACGACAAGGAGGCGGAGGCACCACAGACGCCGGACGCUACCGAGACAGCCGAGGCUGAGGAACCAGGGGCGGCCGAAGAGAAUGACGAGAAUGAGCAGAACGAGGACGACGACGCCGCCUCCGACGACGGCGGCGAGUGGAUCACGCCGUCCAACCUCAAAAAGGUGCAGGCCAAGGACAAGCUCGGCGCGCCGACGCAGCCCAUCCAGCGCCGCCUGCAGGCCGCGCUGCUGUCGUCCGACUACGCGAUGCAGAACGUCGCGCUGCGCAUCAACCUCAACCUGCUGUCGCCGGCGCUCGACCGCAUCACCCGCGUCAAGACGUGGGUGCUGCGCUGCCACGGCUGCUUCGCCGUCACGCGCCAGAUGGACCGGCAGUUCUGCCCGCAGUGCGGCCAGGCCACGCUGACGCGCACGAGCUGCGCGACUGACGCCGCCACCGGCCAGUUCCGCCUGUUCCUCAAGAGCAACUUCCAGUACAACAAGCGCGGCAACGUCUACAGCGUCCCCAAGCCCGUGCACGGCAGCGCCAGCGGCAAGUUCUCGGCGGCGGCGCAGGGCGGCCGCGGUGGGCACAACGGCUGGGGGCGCGACCUGAUUCUGUCCGCGGACCAGCAGGAGUACACGCGGCGCGUCGAGGAGCAGAAGCGGCACCGCGUGCGCGACCUGAUGGACGAGGACUACCUGCCCAACAUUCUGACGGGCUUCCGCAACGCCGAGUACCAGGCCAAGAUGCGCGUGGGCGCCGGGCGCAACGUGAACGCCAAGAAGCGGAAGUAG